UUUUAAACGGAAUGUCUCUUCAUGAAUUUGGGUAAGGCAUGGCCAGGAGAACAAGUGCAGUGUCCGUCUUGGCACUAAUCCUGACACUACAUUUGCACUUGCCGUUUGCUGAGAACAUCGUAAUUAGAGGUAGGACAUCAUUAGUGCCUCCGAGACAAAUCCGUACACUUGACCCACACGCCCCGUAUAAACUCCGGUUGUCUGACGGCUCCGUCGUGCCACAAUGUCACAAGCCGCCUUCAAUUGAAAACGCGUAUUUGGAUCUUGAAUUGUACCGGAAUCCGGGUCUUGUGAGGGAUCACCUGACGCUGUUUUCUGUCGGAGAAGCUGCGAAUUAUCACUGUUUACCUGGUUACUUCGCUGGGAGGCCGUAUCAAUACACGAUCGCCGCCAAGUGUGUUCAGGCGCGUGAUGGAAUCCCUUAUUGGGAGGUUCGAGGGGCCUGUACGAAAUAUCCCAAGUGCAGCGUGCCACCGAUUAUCCAUGAUGCCGUUCUGAGCCUGAAAGAUUCAAGCAGAAGGGAAUUCGAUACAGGAGAACGUAUUGAGUUCGCGUGUGACGAUGGAUUUUCUAGUUCCCUGGGAGACAUGCUUCCAUUUACAACUUGUUCCUUGUCUGAAUUUGCUGCCGAUUGGGAUCCUGUUGUCGGGGACUGUUGGAGAGAUGGAGAAGUUGGGGACGUGCACAGAAAAUUGCAUGAAGCCAAUUUUUACGCGGAGGAUAAACGUGUGGCACGAAUCCGAGCAGAGAAGGAAGUACGUGAUGCGAGAAGACGUGGAGACGAUGUUGCUGGGUCUUCUAUGGCCGAUACCCGUUUGGUAAUCACUAGCUGGCCCACUGAUGAGGAAUUGGCCGAGGACCGUCGAAGACGUAUUGCGUAUAACGUUGCCCAUGUUCUUGACCGACAGGAGAAAGCCUUCGAUCCCUACCACAAUGCCCCGCCGUUCUUUGACGAGGCGACUAAUUACGAGGAUUCCAAGAAGAAAAUCACGAAGGAGUUGAAGGAAAAGUACAGACCGGGAAGAAUCGAGCCGACGAGAUACGAUAAAGAUGACACUAAAACGAUGGUGCACAUGCCGGAAUUCAUCGUCGGCGGUUCAGAAGAAACUACUGCGGCUGUCAAGGACGAAUUCGCCGUAGCACAAGACGCCGCACUGAAGCAGGAAAUCAACAGCGUCCAACGAGAAACUCCAGUUAAAGAUGAUAUUGUGCAGCCCGUGCAGAAAUCAGUGGCUGCCGGGUUGCUGAAGAAGAUCGAGGAAUCCUCGAUUGGACCCAAGUUCGUUCUGCAUCAGGAAGACAGUGUGACGAAACCCGUUGCGAAAAGCAGUGCCGCGAAGCAGUAUCAGGUUCAGCAAGACAGUAUUGUCCCUGCUGCUGUCCACAUGCAUUCCGAUGAGAAGGAUAUCCAGAGAGACUUGAGGUUAGACAAGCUGAUUCAUCACUUUGAGCAGGAUCACCCAGAGCUUUUGAAUCGAUUCAAAUACGAAGAAUUGCACAAUCAUGUGCAUCAAGUUGCUGUGCUUGAAGGAGAUUUGGCGUUGAUGGAAGCAGAUGACGAUGAAGAUGACGAUGCGUUGGAAGACUUCGAGAAUUAUCCAGAGGAUUAUGAGGCUAUGGUUGAAGAAUUGGAAUCGAACGACGCUGAAUAUUCCGAUCAGCCAAGAUGGCUGUCUCACAAAGAAGGCAAGAGAGAAUCAAAGCGUUUGGCGCACUUGAUCACUAUGCAGAAAUUCAAUCCUCACAGGGAACCUAAAUCUCCUCCAAUAGAUUUCAAGUUUCCCAGCACGGAAAAGAGUCUGAGAGGCUCAACUAGAAAGGAAUCCUUAUCAUCUGCUAUGCCUGUCCCAUGCGAUGGGCCAAACUGUGACUCGGAAUUUUGGUCUAUGGAAGUUCCACCGGCUGAAAGCGGUUUAGGAUCGGUGAAAAACCUGAGACGACCUGAAAGUUCCGAAGAAGUGCCGGAAAAGGUCAAAAACAUCCCCGAGGUCAACCAGCACCAUAAGAAGGGGAAGAGCAAAAUCUGCACUGGAGACGACUGUGAUCUGAGAGCCUCUUGGGGUCUCGGCAAGGCGCCUGCUCCUCCGGAAAAAGGUGAAAAGCCGGAAUUGGUGAAACUUUUGUGGCCUGGUAGACCCGACACUGGCCGAAGUCCAGACUACGACACUAGAAACGAUCCUGAUGAGGAAGAAAGCUUUGAUGAACGACCCGCUUGGGUCCAAUGGCUGUCCAAGCCCAAGAACCUCGUGAUUGCGUUUGUUAUGUUGGUUGCCUGCACUUAUACUCUGCUUUGGCUGCGUUGUUGCGUCAAAGGAAAGCCGUCGUGUCUUGGUUCGAAGUUUUUAUUUUCUGGACGACAAGAGAUUUUAGAAGCAAUCAUGGUCGGAGUCGGAGUCAGUUCAUACUUGCUCAACAAAAAUGUUCUAGACCGAUACAUGCGACUGGAACAACCGAAGGACAAGAUCCAGUGCAUGUACAUCUGGAUUGAUGGAACUGGAGAAGGGCUUCGUGCCAAGACCAGGACUGUUCAAUUCGAACCCAAGUCUCCAGAUGAAUUGCCGAUUUGGAAUUUUGACGGAAGUUCAACCGGUCAAGCAGAAGGUAGUAAUUCGGACGUGUAUCUGCACCCUGUGGCGAUUUACAAAGACCCUUUUCGUGGUGGAGCCAAUAAACUCGUUCUUUGUGAAGCUUACAAGUACGACAAGACUCCAGCAGAUACGAACCACCGUAAGACGUGUUUGGAGGUGAUGCAGAAGGCUGAUGCUUUUCAUCCGUGGUUUGGGAUUGAGCAAGAAUACACCAUCCUGGACGUGGACAGACACCCUUUUGGCUGGCCUAAAAAUGGAUUCCCUGGCCCGCAAGGCCCGUAUUAUUGCGGUGUAGGGGCCAAGAAAGUUUAUGGCAGAGACGUGGUGGAAGCUCAUUACAGGGCUUGUCUUUAUGCUGGUGUGAAAAUCGCUGGUUCUAAUGCUGAGGUCAUGCCUGCUCAGUGGGAAUUUCAAGUGGGACCUUGCGAAGGGAUUCAAAUGGGAGACGAUUUAUGGAUAGCGCGAUUUUUGCUGCAACGCGUUGCUGAAGACUUUGGCGUUGUGGCUGAUUUUGAUCCGAAGCCGAUUCCUGGGGAUUGGAAUGGUGCCGGAGCUCACUGUAAUUUCUCCACUGACGAGAUGCGAGCGCCGAAUGGAAUCAAAGCCAUUGAGGAGGCCAUAGAAAAGAUGUCGAGGCACCAUGAAAAGCACAUUCGAUUUUACGAUCCGAAGGAGGGGAAGGACAAUGCACGUCGUUUGACUGGACUUCAUGAGACUUCCAAUAUCCACGAUUUCUCUGCCGGGGUUGCCAACCGAGGUUCGAGCAUUCGUAUACCACGUGGUGUGGCGGAAGAUCGAUGUGGCUACCUUGAAGAUCGUCGUCCGUCUUCCAAUUGCGACCCUUAUUCUGUGACUGAGAUUGUUGUGCGUACCGUGUGUUUAGAUGAGUGAGGAAUUUUUGCUGUCAGUGACUUGUAUACGAUCAGAAUAUUUUACAACUGCAAAGGCUGAUACAAAUGACUCUCAAAAAAGAAACCUCAACACUGCUGGUGAAAGCGUUCGCGCGGAAGUGUAAAUGAUGACCAUUUUUCGAUUUUUCAAAACUGAAAGCUUGAACCGUGUCGACUGUCAUGCCUGAAUACACUAUUAUUCGGA